UCAUUCACAUUAUCAAUGAUAUGUGCAUCCCCAGGUCCCCACCUCAUCCCCAGGUCCCCACCUCAUCCCCAGGUCCCCACCUCAUCCCCAGGUCCCCACCUCAUCCCCAGCUCCCCACCUCAUCCAGUAUUAAUACGGGACCAUGACCUAGGUGAUGCUUUGGACUCUGCAGUUGGUGAUUUGGAUACAGAGGAGGAUGGCAUUAUCCAGGUCCGAGACCUGCCACCACCUCAGAGAGCCAAGCUUUGGAUGAUUGCUCUGAAUGUGGCAGGUAAAGGUGACAGUCUGUCCUCCUGGGAUGGAGCUCUGGACCUGCCAGAACAGACGCUAAUACACAACAGAUGCCAGCAGCUCAUUGAUCAGUUAGCUCUGCCUGUGGAGGAUGGGCGUGACCUGGUGGCAGACGUUGAGGCGGUGAUCACUUUCUACUGCAAGUCCAGAAAUGUAACUUUCACUGCAGAACUGGCUUGGCCUCACCUUCUAAAACCAUUGCUGGGUCUUCAGCUGCCCCGAAGUGACCUCUACAACUGCUUCUAUGCUGUCAUGAACAAAUACAUCCCCCGAGACUGUGUGCAGAAAGGCAGGCCGUUCCACCUGUACAGACUACUGCUGCAGUACCACGAGCCUGAGCUUUGCUCAUUCCUGGACACCAAAAAAAUCACACCAGACUCCUAUGCCAUGAACUGGUUGGGCAGUCUGUUCUCCAGCCAUUGUCUUCCUGAGGUCACCCAGGCCAUGUGGGACGUUUACUUUCAGCAGGCCGACCCCUUCCUCAUCUUCUUCCUCAUGCUCAUCAUUCUUGUUAAUGCCAAAGACAUGAUCCUGGCGCAGGAGGGAGACAGUAGAGAGGAGCUCAUGAAAAUGCUGGAGCAGUCACCGAGUUUGCUGGAGGCUGAGGAUAUUGAGGAUCUAUUUUCGCUGGCACAGUAUUACCAAAGCAAGACACCCCUUUCUCUACGAAAAGAGAAUCAGAAUCUGUUUGGCAGCAGUCUGGUGGCUCUGAAGGAGGAGGAUAUGGACCUAAGUCAGGCUCUGUGUCUUCCCGUAUCUGUGCCAGAGAUUCUACAGGCCAAUCAGCUCCAACCUGAAGGUGUGCGCUUCUUCGUAGUGGACUGUCGCCCUGCAGAGCAGUACAAUGCUGGACACCUGUCCACUGCUUUCCACCUGGACUCUGAUCUGAUGCUGCAUAACCCGGCGGAGUUCGCGCUGUCGGUGAAGUCUCUGCUAGAGGCUCAGAAGCAGUCUCUGGAGUCGGGCUCGGUGGCCAGCGGGGAGCACCUGUGCUUUAUGGGCAGUGGGAGAGAGGAGGAGGACAUGUACAUGAACAUGGUGCUAGCUCAUUUCCUGCAGAAAAACAAAGAAUAUGUGAGCAUAGCUAAAGGAGGAUUCAUGGCGCUGCAGCAGCACCUGGCAGACAUUAACGUGGAGGGUCCGGACAACGUUUACGUUCACUGGAUCGUCAGCACUUCAGGAUCCCAUAGCAGCCUCGGAUCAGCAGACGGGGAUCUGAACAGCACAGGAGACAAAAGUGUCAAAUCUCUAGUCAACAAAAUGACCUUCGCCCUCAAAUCCAAGUCAGUUAAUGUAAAGGAGAAGGUGAUCAGCUUUAUUGAGAACACAUCCACACCUGUGGAGAGAAUAUCUUUCACUCUGCCCUGGCCUGAGAAGGGGAUUCCUGAUCGGCAUGUGAGCAGCAGUGAUAGAGUGGGUAAGCCGUAUCGAGGUGUGAAGCCAGUGUUCAGCAUUGGUGAUGAAGAGGAAUACGACACAGAUGAGAUUGAUAGCUCCUCGAUGUCGGAUGACGACCGCAAAGAGAUAGUAAACAUACAGACGUGGAUCAAUAAGCCAGAUGUGAAGCACCACAUUCCCUGUAACGAGGUGAAGGAGACUGGACACAUGUUCCCCAGCCACCUCCUGAUCACGGCGACGCACAUGUACUGUCUAAGAGAGAUCGCCUCGCGGAAGGGCUUCGCCUACAUCCAGUCCCGACAGGCCUUAAGCUCUGUGGUAAAGAUCACCUCCAAAAAGAAGCAUCCGGAACUCAUCACGUUCAAAUUCGGCAACAACAACGCAGCCGCGGUGGAGAUCGUAGCUGUAGAGAGGUAUUUGAUCCCGAACGCAGGCGACGCCACGAAGGCCAUUAAACAGCAGAUCAUGAAGGUGCUGGAUGCUUUGGAGAGCUCAUAAAUAUGUGGACGGUGCACAGACUGGACUCCGCCCACCAGAGAGAGGAGAGACUGCCAUGGCUCGAACCCGGACCGAACGGCAGAGUGAUGCAGAGAGGAGCCAAGAGGAUGGACUGCUUCCAAACUCAAUAUCAGACUCGUUAUCAGACUGAACCUCUGUUCCAAAACCCUAAUUCCUGUUUCUCUCUCUCUCUCUUUCUUUCCUCUCUCUCUCUCUCUCUCUCUCUCUGUCUCUCUCUCUUUCUAAAUUUCUUUCUUUUCACCACCCCUUCCUUUUUUUCUCCCUUUUUCCAGGACAGUACUGACGUUCAGUAUUUGGGCCUCUUCGGGACGCUGGGCUUAAACACACUCGUCAGAUUGGCGGCUGUCCCGGGAAUUUGGGACGUCUGAAGCCUGGUGUCAGUAGCCUUCAGCUCAUGUUAUUGUUUAUAUAUGGAGGAAAUCAGAUCUCACCCUGUAGGUAAACGCUGGACUCGUCGUCUCAGUUUGGGUUUCUGUGUCAAGCCUUAAUCCUAAUCCACUGUUUUUAUACAAGGGACUCGAGGGGAACCCCAGGGUGAGAUUAAAUAACACAGAAAAAAGACUUUUGGGGUGGGGGGUGGGUACAGGGGGGGUGUCCACUCCAGGAAAACGCUCAGUGUUUAAUUUUUUGAGGUUAAUUUAUGAAUAUUACUCGACUUGUCAUUUAGCCAUUUAACUGCUGCAGUAUGUUUUUUUAUUUUGAUGGGGUAUGGAGAAAGAAUUAUGAUAAUUGUCAGAGCAGUAUUUACGUAUUUAUGCCUGAGAGGACGCCCGGGCCCACCCGGGAAUUCAGGACCACAAAACGGACGCUGUGUUGUAUAUUCCAUGCUUUUUUUUUUGUGGGGGAGCACAACUGGGGAGAGCACAAAAACCCGGUGAUGGAUGGUAUUGGAUAUGUUGUUAUGGAAUGGCUGUUGCCCUUAAUACUGUACUGUAAUCACAGAACUGCACAAUACUCCAGGCAACAUGCGGCAUACACUUAUGCUGCCUUCAAGUCGUGUCGGAAAUAUCAUAAUUACGAGAUGAGUGCACGUGAACACCACUGCAAACUCGAAUGGGUAUGUAAAAGUGGGAAACAAAAAAAGUUAUGAGUUGGGGCGUCAAUAAAAAAAGGCUUUUUUUAUUGCUUCA